AUGCUGCAAUUGACUCAAAUUUUUACAGGUAGCGCCAGCACCAGCAACGGAACAAGAAAUACUUUAAACGCCAACUACGUUGAGUAUUCGUCAGCCUCGCAGGAAAGUCGCAUUACGGUUGAUAAUCCAGAGGAUGAUGAUGAGGAACCGCAACUCUUGCAACUAACAUCUCAACAUAAGUCAGCAAUCAGAGCCAUUCGCAAGCUGAAAUAUUUUGUGGCCAGGAGAAAGUUUCGUGAAGCAUUAAAACCGUACGAUGUGAAAGACGUUAUCGAGCAGUAUUCAUCUGGACAUGCAGAUUUGUUGAACCGUGUUAAGAACUUACAAUACAGAUUGGAUCAGAUUCUCGGAAAGCAGGGCUCCAAAUCCAAAGAUGUUUACGCCUCCAAGAUUUGUCUAGCUUCCAGAGUAGUUAGCGUAGAACGGCAGGUUGACGACGUUUUCUCAAAAAUCGAUCAAUUUUUUGAACUCUAUAUGGAAGAUCGCAAGCACUUUCUCCCACCGAACGUUCAAGCUUUACCAGUAGGACAAGUUGAACUUCAUAAUCCGCCAAAACAUUCAAUUCCUACCAUCGGAACACCACUAGGCAACCACUCUCCACCUGGGAAGAAACCAAAAUCGAUUCUCGUAGAAAAACAACGCUCGGAUCCGAAUUUAGCCGAAAAUCGAGAUUUGGGAUCGGUGUCUCAUAUAACAUCUGUAUUGAGGAGGCCCGGCUUACAACGAGGGUUUUCUGAGAAAGGGAGCAGAGUAAAAAAACGUGUCACACUGAGCCCCACCUGUUCAUACUUAGAGAAAGGUUAUUCAAAUCCAGCAAGUCCUGUAGACGAUGCCAGUGUCGUAACAUUGGUAGUGCCACAAAUACCAAAGAAAAGAUCUCUUCUCUCAGUACCAAUGCUCGAUUCAAGAAACAGCUCUCUCAGUUUGCCUAUUAUUAUAGAACCAUCUACAUCUGGAAUUGCAAGUGGUACAAGUCACAACAACGAAGACAUCGAAUCAGAAUCGGAUGAUGAUGAAGAUAUUGCCUUAUCUCGAGUUAGUCAGUUAGAAGAAGAUGACAACGAAGAGGAAGUAAACGAAACAACGUUACUGUGUCCUGCGUCGACGCAAAACGAAAUUAUUAUCACCCCAAGUACUCUCAAUUGUGCCUCGAAGCUAGACAUAGUGACAGAGGAUUUUAACAUGACCAACUUUAAAUCACCUCACAAUAAAAAACAUAGGGACUAUUGAAACAGUUAAAUACUUUCAAGAUUGACACAAGAAAAUAUCAUGAUAUUCAUCUAAGUUCAAUCAUGGUAUAGGCGAGAGUCUAAUAGAGGAAAUGGAAAAAGUGACAGCAGCAAGAGAUAGGUAGGUAGGUACCAUUCGCAGGAGAAAAAUAUACCAAACAUCGGUCCAUGAGCUGAACAUUGUUAACAAUAAUAAAUAAACAAAACACAGCUCCAACUCGGUGUAGAUGCAUUAUUUUCAUAAAUAGUUAAUUGGGAAGUGACUGAGAAGCUAUACGGCCCUGAAUAGAGUGUGGCGACGAUUAUAAUACUCCUUUACCAAUGAACUAUGUUUGAAAAAAAUUCAUUAUUCAUCUACACGAAGUUAGACCUCCAUUUGUUUAUUUAUAAUAAAUGAACAGUGUUCCAUUUAUUGGACAACAUAUUAUCAUUGGAAAAAAAUGCUUGUUAUAUUUUUCUCUUCCGAAUGGUAGCUGGAUUUUGCUGCUGUACUUCCGAGAUCACUCAACUCGGGAAACAAGUACAAAUUAGACUCUCGCUUAAAUAAGGAUGAUUUGUUUCAUCAAAAUAAGCUGUUUUGGGCGUUAAUGAAUUUUAUGAUAACAAAGCAUAAUCACAACUAAAAGAACCCAUUAAAACCAUCCUAAAUUUUUAUUUCAUUCAUAGUAAUAAUGCUCUUAUAAUAAGUGUUUCCUAAACAAAAUCUAAGUGUAAUGAAGAAUUUGUUCUUAAUGAAUUAUUUGUUUUUCGAUUGAUCUCAAUGUUAAAUGUAGUGUGGAAAAUGUUGCAUAAAGAAAUAGCGAGGGAUUAUUUUUAACUAAUAACCUUUCAUAUCUUUAUGCAGCUAGACGUAGUGACAGAAUAUUUACAUGGA